AUGCGCGUUCAGCAGCGCGCAGCGCAGGCCGCCCCGGCGGCGGUGCGCCAGCGGGCGCGGACGCCUGCCCCGCCCACCCUGACCCCUGCGCCGGCCCCUGCGACGGCCCCGACGGCCCCUCGUGUGGCGCUGCCGCGGCCGGGACUCCGUGAUGCGUUCCCCACUGUGGAGGAGCUAGUCGGCCACACGCCCAUCGUGCGCCUGCAGCACCUGCCAGGGAACACCACAAACAUCGUCCUCGCGAAGCUGGAGGGCCACAACCCGGCCGGCUCGGCCAAAGACCGGCCGGCGCUGCACAUGCUGAAGGAGGCGGAGAGGCGCGGCCAGAUCAGACGCGGCGACACAAUCAUAGAGGCCACCAGCGGCAACACGGGCAUCGCGCUGGCGAUGGCGGCGGCGAUCAGGGGCUACAAGCUGAAGCUCAUCCUGCCCUCAAGCUCAAGCGCGGAGCGCAUUGCCACCAUGACGGCCUAUGGGGCCGAGGUGAUCCUGGCGCCCAGCAUGGAGGCGUCCAGGGACAUGCUGGUGCAGAUGGAGCGUGAGGGGCUGGGCCACUGCCUGGAUCAAUACAACAACGAGGACAACACCGCCUCACACUACAUCGGCACGGGCCCUGAGAUCUGGGCGCAGACCGGCGGCCGCGUGACGCACGUGGUCAGCAGUAUGGGCACGUUUGGAACGAUCAUGGGGACUGGCAGGUACCUGAAAGAGAGAAACCCGGCAGUACAGGUGGUGGGCCUGCAGCCGUCUGAGCACGUCUCGAUCCCAGGCAUCCGCCGCUGGAGCCCCGGCUACGUGCCCAGCCUGUACAAGCCCGAGGGCAUCGACCGCGUCCUCGACCUCACCGCCCGCGAGGCCGAGGAGACCGCCCGCUGCCUCGCGCGCGUCGAGGGCAUCUUCGCCGGCAUCUCCGGCGCCGGCGCGGUCAGCGCCGCGCUGCGGCUCAGCGCCGAGGUGGACGAUGCCGUGAUCGUCGCCGUGGUGUGCGACAGGGGAGACCGGUACCUCUCGACGGGCGUGUUCAACGCCGCCGCCGGCGCGGAGGACCCCGCGCCGUGCCACGCGGCCGAGUUCCACUCGGCGCUGGCGCGGCUGCUGCACGGCCACGCGGGGCCGCACUACGUGCUGUUCACCGCCGGCGCCGGCUGCGAGGGUGGCGAGGGGGAGGCGGCGGCCGCGGCCGCGCUCAAGGGGGCGGCCCUCCUGGUCCGCAAAUUCGUGAGGGACACCUGGGACGACCCCGCGGCGCCCUCCGCAGACUGGCAGGAGCCCGGGCAUGGCGCCUUCGUUGACGAGUGGGUGUCAGAGGGGCUGGGCGUCUGA